CUUCAAUGACUCAACGUAGAACAGUGUAUAUAGUAGUGAUGAAUGCUAAAACGUAAGUGAUGGUAUUUUGUUGUGAUAGACAGGCGAAGUGUACCUCCAUUCAUCUUUGCUUAAAAGCCUCAGAAAUACCACAUGAUACAUGAGACACCAGGGACUACGGAGGACAUUACCAUACCACAUUGAAACAUCGACUUAUGAUCAACAGUCUCCAUAAACACCUUCGUGUUGUUAUGUGUCCAGCACCUGUGUAUUUAAAUUGCAACAUCUGGGAUUGAUACGCAAAGAGUUUCGACCCGAUCUGACCAGAAACAUGACGUUUACACAAUCCCCUGGCUGUAUCUGUACUGAAGAUGACAUUCGGAUCCAUAACUCUCGUAGUGUGGAAAUUUCAGGUCAACAACAACGUCGGCCAACGUUAUGUCGUGUUAGCACUUCCGGUCAGUCAAAACUGUGUGAGUUGGUGUUACCGAAAGAAGAAAACAAACAUGAUAAUGAAAGAAUCAACAGACUAGACCAAGGCAUACUUGAACUGAAGACAGAGUUGAAGCAAAUUUGUAAAACAGUAAAUAUUCCACCGAGAAAUAAUAAAAUUGUUCCAAAGAAAACCGUGUCACAAAGGCGUAAUAGGAAGUCUAUAUUCAUGGUGACAGUGACAGAUGAAAAGCAAAGCUUAUAUCUGGAACCAAAGACAUCGGUCAGACACAGAAAAGCUAAGAAAGACAGCGGUCUUGUGAAAAACCUAAAAUUCUCGCUAAAGAGAGCAAAGCAGUGGUCGAUUAUUCACAAAGGUGAUCAUGUAAAGGAAAUGAAGAAACGAAAAAGAACUAGGGACAGGAAAGUUAAGUCUGAUGUCAUCAAAUCUCUUAAAGGGAACUGGAAGAACACAAACAUAACGGAGAAAGAUCUAGAUCAGAAAGGAAAGAAGAAAUCGUUACAUCACUCUAAACUCCAAAGUCUUGUUCGAAAAUGGCACACACAACCAGAUAAACUUUGUAUUUACGUGUACCCAAUUUCGAGAAGUCUCGAUCCGUACUUUCAAAGUUUGGAGAAUGGGAAUACGAGUACAACCGAAUCUUCCAUGCAAAUCGAAUGGCUACGGUUAAAUUCUUUCGCAAAUUCAUCGCACAGUAUGCAGGUCCGUCCAAUAUUUCUAGCGAGAGCCGGAUUUUAUCAUAGUGGGCAUGCAGAUGAAGUAACAUGUUACUCCUGUGGAUUAUCACACAGAAAUUGGCGUUUAGGUGAUGACCCCUACCGACUACACAGAACUUUGUCACCGAACUGCAGACAUAUGGCAGGAAACGAUGACACAAACAUCCCGAUACCACGGGAAGAGGCGUCGACACCUAAUAAUCAAACAUUCCAAGUACAGGAGAGAGCAGAAUACAGCAUUGCAGGACUGGAUAGUUCCCCUCUGCCUGAAAACCCCUCGCUGCCUAGUCAGGAAACGGAAGAAUUUCAACCUAACACAGGAAUACAAUCAGCUGUUGUCCAGGCCAACGUAACUCAAUCAUCAGAAAACAUGUUUAUUAAUGCUGAUCGACCUCUACCAGAUGUCAGGUCACCAGAUGGUAACAUCCAAGUUAAUUCAGAAAGGCAGUCUUACAGACAGCAACUGCCCGACUAUCAGCAAAGACAAGGGUGUGUACAAAAUGGCACAGCACAUUCCAAUGCAUCAACAACGCAUAAUCAAAACACUCAGAAUGUGCCAAGCGUCGAAAAUAGAUUAAAUGACCAAACGACACAAGGACACAAUGGCAUUCCAAGAAUAAUGCAUGGAACAUCAAAUAGACCGAACCAAACCUCACCAAACGGAACGGUGAACGGAACGUGGAGACAAAACAUUCAGACGCAGAGAACCCAACAGAGAACCGAUACAGAUGUCAGCACCUCUACAAUGAAAAAACUGGCGCCACUUGGUGUCAACUUUGACAAACCAAAGUACCCAGCCUAUGCGGUGUUGCCGGUGAGAAUGAGCUCUUACAGCGGUUGGUCGGCCCCCCAGACGCCUAACCUGAUGGCUGAGGCGGGAUUCGUGUACGCCGGCUAUGCUGAUUACACCCGCUGCUUUUUCUGUGGUGGUGGCCUACGUAACUGGGAGGAAGGAGAUGAUCCAUGGAUUGAGCAUGCGCGAUGGUUCCCAAAAUGUGCUUACCUACGUCAAAACAAAGGACUGGAAUUUAUUCAGCUGGUACACGAACAACUGGAUAGAGAGGAAGGGAAAGCGACCAACACAAACCAGAUCAAGGAGAUGUCCGGCUUACUUAUUCAAGAUCAAGGGCAGACAAACGACAUGGAGGCUAUACGCUCAUUACCAGCCUACCAAAGUCUCAUUGAGAACGGUUACCAUCCAAAAAUGAUCAAUAUAGCUGUAAGGAAUCUCCGUAAGAAAGGAGAACAAACCAUUGAAGCUAUCGCUAUAGUGGAGGAGAUCUACCGGCUGCAGGAUACAGACGAUCAUUGUAUAGAUGACGUCAUAAACGACGUGGAUGACGACAACAAUGACAACAAUAGACCCUGCCACAAUACACCUCACCCCGAUGUUCCGGAACCGAUUGAUCAGGAAAUGAAAAAAAUCAAUGAUCUGAUGGAGGAGAACAGAAGCCUGAAGAGACAGAAGCUGUGUAGGAUCUGUGAAGAGGAGGACGCUUCUAUCGCGUUUCUACCCUGUGCACACCUUGUCUGCUGUCAGGUAUGUUCUCAGGCUGUCCGGAGAUGUCCUGUAUGCGGACAGAUCAUCCAAGGAACGGUCAAGACCUGGCUUGGGUAAAGGACGAAUCAACCAAGGAAUGGUCCAAUCCUUAAGGACGAAUCAACCAAGGAAUGGUCCAAACCUUAAAUCAACCAAGGAAUGGUCCAAACCGUAAGGACGAAUCAACCAAAGAAUGGUUCAAACCGUAAGGACGAAUCAACCAAGGAAUGGUCCAAACCGUAAGGACGAAUCAACCAAGGAAUGGUCCAAACCGUAAGGACGAA